AAAAUCCAAAGCAAUGAGGACAACAUCUUCAUCAACAAUCAACAUUGUGAGUGACGGUAAAACUGAGAGUGUGAAGAGAACUACAGACGUCUUCACCAACCACACCACAUCACUCCACUUUCUCAGAUCCAACCGUAACAAACACUAACUAGACCGAGUCACUCAGGACUCAGCCAAUGCUAUCACACUCAGCGUCGUAGUCAUGCAGAGCGCAGCCGCAGCGUCAUCGUCGCCGGAGGCCAUUCUCGAAUGGCUGCACAAGGAAAUGGGAUACCGUCCCCUCGGAAACUACGCCGCCGCCGGCAAGUCGCACUUGCCGUCCGUCGAGUCAAUCCGUAAGAUUUGCCGCGGUAACAUGAUUCCGGUCUGGAACUUCCUCGUCACCCGCGCUAAGUCCGAAAAGACGGUACAGAACAUUCGCCGGAACAUCACCGUCCACGGCGGAGACGGCGACGGAUUGGCGAAGGAUGAGGGAAGGGGGAAGGGCGGGAGGAAGAAGGAGAAGGCGCUCGCCGGCGAGGGUUCCGAGACGACGAGGGAGGUUGCGUUGCAGGAGCGCGAUUUGGCGGCGAAGGAGGUGGAGAGGUUGAGGAACGUCGUGAGGAGACAGAGGAAGGAUUUGAGGGCUAGGAUGCUCGAGGUUUCCAGAGAGGAGGCUGAGAGGAAGAGAACGCUCGAUGAACGAGCCAAUUACAGGCAUAAGCAAGUGAUGUUGGAAGCCUAUGAUCGACAAUGUGAUGAAGCUGCGAAGAUAUUCGCUGAAUAUCAUAAACGUCUCUGUUACUAUGUAAAUCAAGCGAGGGAUUCUCAAAAAUCGGGUGUGGAUUCUUCUGUCGAAAUGGCCAAUAGUUUUAGUGCCAAAAGUGAGAAGGAAGCUGUUUAUUCUACUGUUAAGAGCGGUAAAUCUGCAGAUGAUGUCAUUCUUAUUGAAACCACCAGGGAAAAGAGUAUUAGAAAGGCUUGUGAAUCUCUUGUAGCUCACAUGAUUGAAAAAAUUCGGAGUUCUUUUCCUGCUUUUGAAGGAAGUGGCAUUCAUUUAAAUCCACAGGCAGAAACAGCAAAAUUGGGGUUUGACUUUGAUGGGCAAAUUCCUGACGAGGUUAGAACUGUUAUUAUAAAUUGCCUAAAAAGUCCUCCCCAAUUGCUUCAGGCAAUUACAGCAUACACUUUUCGGCUGAAAAGUCUAAUCUCCAGAGAAAUAGACAAAAUUGAUGUUAGAGCUGAUGCAGAGACUUUGAGGUACAAAUAUGAAAAUAACAUAGUUAUGGAUGUUUCUUCUUCUGAUGGGAGCUCUCCUCUACACUAUCAACUUUAUGGCAAUGGAAAGAUUGGGGUUGAUGUGCCUCCAGGAGGGAGUCAAAAUCAGCUUCUUGAAAGACAGAAAGCUCAUGUUCAACAAUUUUUGGCUACCGAAGGUGCACUGAAUAAGGCUGCAGAAGCAAGGGACAUGUGUGAGAAACUUAUGAAACGUCUGCAUGGAGGCACUGAUGUAUCUUCACACUCAAUUGGUAUUGGAAGCACAUCCCAGAAUGUUGGAAGUCUUAGGCAACUUGAGCUAGAUGUUUGGGCCAAGGAAAGAGAAGUUGCUGGUUUAAAGGCAAGCUUAAAUACCUUGAUGUCCGAAAUACAACGUUUGAAUAAAUUGUGUGCUGAGAGGAAAGAAGCAGAAGAUUCUCUAAAAAAAAAGUGGAAAAAGAUUGAGGAAUUUGAUGCUCGUAGAUCAGAACUUGAGACCAUUUAUACAGCACUCCUUAAAGCAAAUAUGGAUGCUGCUUCAUUUUGGAGUCAGCAACCAUUAACUGCAAGGGAGUAUGCUUCUAGCACUAUAAUUCCAGCGUGUGCUGCUGUUGCUGAGACUUCAAAUAGCGCAAAGGAUCUUGUUGAGAAAGAAGUGUCUACCUUUUAUCGAAGUCCAGAUAAUAGCCUCUACAUGCUUCCUUCUUCCCCACAGGCACUGCUUGAGGCCAUGGGCACUAAUGGAUCACCUGGCCAAGAAGCAGUUGCAAAUGCGGAAAUAAAUGCAGCUAUUUUGACAGCAAGAGCAGGUGCUCGGGAUCCGUCAGCAAUUCCAUCAAUAUGUCGCGUUUCAGCUGCACUUCAGUAUCCUGCUGGCUUGGAAGCUUCAGAUGCUGGUCUGGCAUCUGUGCUAGAGUCGCUGGAGUUCUGUUUAAAACUUCGUGGUUCUGAAGCUAGUGUAUUGGAAGAUUUAUUAAAGGCUAUUAAUCUUGUCCAUAUUAGACGGGAUCUUGUUCAAAGUGGUCAUGCCUUGUUGACUCAUGCCUACUGUGUUCAACAGGAAUAUGAAAGGACAACAAGUUUUUCUUUGAAUUUAGCUGCAGAACAAGAGAAAACUAUAAUGGAAACAUGGUUGCCUGAACUUAAGACUGCUGUUUUGAAUGCUCAGCAGAGUUUGGAAGAUUGCAAAUAUGUCAGGGGAUUGCUUGAUGAGUGGUGGGAGCAACCAGCAUCAAUAGUUGUUGACUGGGUAACAGUGGAUGGGCAAAAUGUAGCCGCCUGGCAUAAUCAUGUGAAGCAGCUUCUUGCAUUUUAUGAUAAGGAGCUAUUGUGAAUAGAAUUAUAAAGCAUCUGGUGUGAACAAAAUUUUUUGAAGUCUCGUUUCUUUAAACAUUUCCCACUUUGGGAUCAAUGUCAAAGACUUCAUAUUAUGCACCCUGGAGAUGCUUGCACAGUGGAUACUUUGAGCAGUGAUGUUGAAUGGAGUGUCUUUUCUGAUAAUCUUUUGGGAUAGAAAUAUGGCCGCUGUUGUCUAUAAUUGAUGGAUGAAGAACUUAAGAACAAGAGAGAAAAAUCCUACUUGUUGAUAUUUUACAGAUCCUCCACACCCCAGUAGAGUUCUCUUCAGAAGCGUGAAAUGUAUUAUAUGCAAUUUUUAGAUUUUAGGUGGUGGGUUGGAUUGUUCAUUUUAAUUGGCAGUGAUUGAUGGCAUUGAAUCUUAUGACUUUUGAGGUUUGUAAUUGGAUUUAUUGUCUGUAGCUGAUUGAAGUUGAAAAGAUUUCAGCUUCGUUUACUGAACUCUGGUUUGAUUUGUUGUAUACGCUUAGAAUCGUUUAGGGUAAAACUAGAAUGAGUUUGGUGAGGGUAUGUUAGUGUAGUAUGACUAUUUUCUUUUGUUUUGCAAUCAUAUGUAAUGGUCCUCAAAACCUACGUGAUACAGAUUCAAUGACAAUAUAUUACCUGACAAAAAAAAAAUUACAAUA